AUGGGGACCUCCGCUGCUGAUGUAGCUGCUGCUUGUUAUUCGCCUGAUCAAUCAACUCAAGGCUUUUUUUUCCAACAAACAAUGUUGCGAAUUAAAGAUCCUAAAGCUUCCUUGAAAUUUUAUACGCAAGUUCUUGGAAUGAGGUUAUUAAAACGUUUCGAUUUUGCUGGUAUGAAGUUCAGUCUUUAUUUUAUGGGUUAUGAGGAUCCCAAAGACAUACCUGAGGAUGAAAACGAGUUAGCAUCUUGGGUUUUCCAGCGUAAAGCUUGUUUAGAAUUAACUCACAACUGGGGAAAAGAAGAAGCUGAGGGCAGUAUCUACCAUAAUGGCAAUUCUGAUCCGAGAGGAUUUGGUCAUAUUGGCAUCUAUGUGCCUGAUGUCUACAAAGCGUGUGAGCGAUUUGAACAACUAGGCGUUGAAUUUGUAAAAAAACCGGAUGGAGGUCAAAUGAAGGGUUUGGCAUUUAUCAAAGACCCUGAUGGAUACUGGAUUGAAAUAUUAAAUGAUAAAAUUGGAAAGGCAAUUUAGCUAUGAUUUGGUCCAGCAGAAUCCGAACUUGUUAAACAAAUUGGUUUUAAAUUUUUAGUCAGUGUGUUUAUUGGUACUUU